UAUACAUAUUUAUUUUUAGCAUUAUUAUUAGCUUUUGUGUUUCAGAUUAUUCUAAUAUACAUAUCCAUUUUUAUUAGCAUAUAAUAAUCAAGAAGAGAGAGAGAGAGAGAGAGUCUUAUAAAAGGGAUGCAGAGGGACAAAGCGAGACACCUGACCCCUCGCUGCAGCAGGCACUCACCGAGUCUGUGGCUCCCUCUCUGCAGAGCUCCGUCUCCAACGGCUUUUGUGGUCCGAUUUUAUUGCUUCAAUCGAUCAAUUUUUCAGUGAGAACAAAAGGAUUUGAAGCUGAAGAUGGGAUUUUGGACGGUGGAGGAUAACUUUCUCUGAAAGCCUAUAAUAUUUUUGGAUAGAAAACUUUUGGAGUUGAUGUGGACUCUACUCUCAGGAGCUUUUCCUUGGGAACUCUGAGAAUGGAUGGGGUUUUACUGCAGAGCCAGAUUACAGCCAUGAAUAAAGUGGGAAAUGUAGUUUUGGAUAUUGAAAGUCUGACACAGCAGCCUGAUAGAUGCUGCUCUGGAAGUCCAAAGAUGACUAAGGCUCUUUCUCGUAAGGGUUCAAACCGUAUGGAGAGACGGGCUGUUGAGGAGCAAGAAACAGAUGAUGCAUCCAAAAAGAUUGUAGUUAAAGUGAUGCCUUCUCAACUGGAGCAGCUGAAGCAGCCCCUGGUACCAAACAAAACUCUUCUAUCUGUAGCAUCUACAGCUAAUAGCCCUGUCCUCGCAGACUUGGGAGAGGGAAGGAAUAAGAGGUUCAGUCGCUUAACAACCAUCCACCCAAGGAAAAUUCUUCUCUUCUUUGCAACUAUGUCCAGCAUGGGGUCCAUGAUCCUGAUAUAUUACACACUUACCAUUAACCAAAGAGGUGGAGCUUAACUGCAGUUUUGAAGGUUUGGUGGGAGAACAGCUCAGCUACUUUUAUAAAGGUUUUGUGGGGGAACAGCACAGCAGAUGCAACUAUUAAUUGGCUGCAGAGGAACUCAUGAUCACACUGUUUACUUUAUCUCAGCAAAUGAGCAAUGGGCAGUGAAGUAGAAGCAUUAUAGAGAAAGCAUUGCAUUGCUUUGUACUUGGGUAGGUGAUGUGAGAUCUAAAUGCUGAAUGUCCACUGUAAAAUCUAAUACUCAGUACUGUGGAGCAGGGAUUCAGGGAACUGUUGAAUAUUUUCAGGCCUGGCUUCGUUUCGCCGCCACAUAACGAUAUUAUCUGAGUGUGCUUGCAAUAUUUAUUACUGAAUUGUCUUCUUUCAUCCAAUUAUUUUUCACUUUAA